UAAUGCCAUUUUCUUCAGACAAAUGAAAUGUAGAAAGAAACAUAAAGAAAUGAUAAAAAUAUGUCUCUGUACCGACCUAAGGUUGUAGAAACUAUUAGAAAAUUGUAAAGUGUUCAGUGUUGUACACUGAUCAGUGACGGCGCAUUGUGUACAUAGGUCAGCAUACUAUUAAAGUCUGUACAUCACAAUAUGGGUUAUAUAUUAGCUGCCAGUCUCAACAAUUGGGAAGAUAAACUUGCUUCAGAUCAAGAGAACCAGGUGAUUUCAGGGGUUACUGCAGUAGCUGUUAGACCUGGUCAGCUGUGCCUGGGAUAUUCGACUGGUUUUAUUAAACUAUUCUAUAGAACUAAAUCGGAACAUUUAUCUCUACAUUGGGCCAAGGGAAUACUACCAGGCCUGCAGAUAGAACACCUUGGUUUCAAUGAUGAGGAAACCUAUCUAGUUGUUGCUGGUGGCCAACAUGAUACUCAGGGGGACAACGUUAAGAAAAGGGGGGUCGGAGCAAUUGUCGACGUUCUAAGUGGAGAACUGUGCUGGUUCACUGACUUGCUGGAGGAAAUUACCUCAGUUUGCUGGGUUGGACACAUUCUUUAUAUUGGAGGGAAGUUUGGAAGUGUUUGUUUAGUGGAUACCAAGGAAUCAAAUAUUCCUCCUGCAAAGCAGAUUCUAGCAUUAGAUAGUGAAGUUGUUCAGAUUGCAGGAGAUCAAGAUCUGCUAGUCUGCAGUACAUUAACCAGAGCUGUGGUUUGCAAUCAUAAACAUAAAUCCUACAGAGAAAUAGGAAGUAAAUUGCGUCAGGGCAAACAGGGCGUGGCAGUUCAUGGUGGUCGGGUGUGGUCCGCCCGACCUGGUUGCAGGUUAUGGGAGGUUGAUGUGGUGACAGGAAAUGUUUUGGCCACUCGACAAUACAGGCGUAUUAUCCAUGAGCAUGCUGAGAACCCUGUGUAUGGUUGUAGUAUCGAAGAUAAGAAAGAGACCAAGGAGAUAUCAGGAAUUGAACAUGGAUUUUCUCUUCUCAUGGGAACAGAAUCCACUCUUGUCAGUUGGAAUGAGUUUGGAUAUAUAUACAUACUGGAGAUGACCACCUCAACUGUUCUGGCCUGGACCAAGCUUAACUUCAACAUAAAAAGUAUCAGUGGGACAGGUUCUAUACUCUUGGUUCUUCUACACUCUGGAGAUUUAAUACACCUCACCUUUGGAACUCUAGAGUUUAUGCUUGAGUCAAGUUACAGUAUUGAUAUGUUUGAGAGCUGUGCUGACCUGCUUGUACAGAACAGAAAGCUUAUCAGAACACUUUCACAGAAUGAUUUGAGAAGAAUAAUGAAACUUAAAGACCUUAGUUCCAGACUUAGGGAUCAGACAAAGGCUAAAAAGGUUUUCAAGCUGAUGGAUGCUGUUGAGAGAUUAGGAUUGUCCUUGGAGAGAUUAGACAACAGAUCCUUGUCCCAGGAUCGAAACUCUCGUCUUCACUCCAGCUCAGAAGUUUUGCGCCGAGAUGAGAUCAAAUCAAGCAAAAGUCAAUCUCAGGAGGAUCUUCUGGAUGGAGGAAAGCGUUGGAACAGGUUCAGAGAUUUAUCGGGCUCCAGGCGGAAAAUAUCUGCAAGUGAACAAGGUUUGCAGGCUCUGCAGCUCUACGAUAUAAAGUUUGGAGCUAGAGACAGUUUAAGUGGUGCAAGUAGUAUUAAAAGCUCAGUAGAUAGUUUGAUCAAUGGAAGAUGUGAUGUAGAAACUGCAGACAACAUUAACCAGGCAACAGAGAAGUUAAAAGAACGAUUAGAAGAACAAGCCAGAGAAGCAGGAAUAUAUAUAAAUGUUAAUCAGAACUAUGAAGAGAACUCAACCAUGCUUCUUCACAACAUGGAAAUAGAUCAAAAAUCUGAAGACAAUGGCGGAGAAAUAUUAGAAAUAGUAGAAGAUGAAAAUGUUUUGAUCAACCAGGAAGAUCCAUAUGCUUGCUUGGAUCUACUCAGCCAAAACAACCGGAUUAAGAAACCCCAAGAAGAAACCAAUGGAGUAGAGAGCAGGGAUAGAUAUAAAGUUUUUGAGCUAAUAACUGAACCCUCAAGAAUGCCUGAAGAGAGGUUUGGUGAGGGACCUAUAAUACCUUCUAUGCAGGAAACCAGUAUUCUUGGGGACGUUCUUGUCUCAGGAAUGGAGAUUCUACUGGAGAGGGGCGGAAAGAUAUUGGAGGGAGGAUCCCACCUCUCCAGUUUGAUGGAUGGAACCUCCAAUAUAUCCCGGAUAAUUGAGCAGAGAAUGGAGAAACGGAUGGAGCUUGAUAGUCCACGUUUAGGGUUAUCUAGGAGAAUUCAGGAGGAGCUGCGUGGUACAGAACUGCAGAGCAAGGUUGACGAACUGGCUCGUCUCUUUCAUCAAAUAUAUUCUAACCCAGAGUUCAGAUUGGCGAAUACGAAAUCCUUAGGAAAUGCUCUUCGAGAACUUUUUCUAGAUUUUAAGAAAGAGAACGACGAUGUUGAGUAUUUAGAUAUCUCUGGUUAUUUAACAGAUGUCCAUAAAGUAAAAAUUAUGAAAGGGCUGGAGGCAGUAUUUUCUAAUCCUAGCCUAGUUUCCAGACUGUUCAGCCCUUUACACGAGGCAGAGCCUUGGGCAACUGCCGCGCCGGAUUAUAUUUAUCAACAGCUGAUCCCUAUCUUUACUCAGUCAGCUGUUGAUUUUGAUUUAUUCAUUGCUAAAACAUUAGUUUCAUUUUCUGAAAUGCUCCCAUGUGAUAAAAUAGUGGAAAAUCUAGAUGUUACAAACUAUUACACAUACAAAUAUAUUCUUAGUGUUGAUGCUGAGAUGAGAAAAGAGCUUAGUCCGAUAAUGCUGGAACAGAUAGACUUAGAGAAUGUGUUUUCUUGUGCUAAUUUUCUAGCUGGAUAUCAGGAUAUAGAACUCCUUAAUCUAGUCAGAUACCUAGAGCGUAUUCUAUCAAUUAACUCAGAGUGCUGUAUUCACAUUAUUCAAAGUCAGACUUUAAUAUUGCCACCAAGCUGUCUUCUCUUCCACACAUUUAAGUACCUGGAGUACCUUUAUACAUCAAUCUCAAUACCAGGAUGUGUUGACUUGAUGAGUGAACUUGAAACUGAAUGGUUUUCAUAUUUUUGUCGAGCUCUAGCUGUUCAUAUUCCAGGUUGGCCACGUGAGUGGAGUGAUCUGUGUAAACAACAUCCUUCCUUCUUUAAUUUUAUAAAUCAAGCAUUUAAAGCCACAAACCUUUCCUACCUCAACAAGUAUCCAAACAUUAAAGGAUCUCACAAAAGCUUGGAAAACCUUGAAUUAUUUCCACUAGCCAACUUUCUGAUGAUUGAAUCUGGUUUGACCAGCCCCCCAGCCCAGCUAGCCUGGUCUAAACUCAACUCAUUCAUGCCAAGUUACGCCAGGUGCAUGCUUGUGUAUAAGAAACCCAUAGACGAGGAGAUACCUCUUCUCAUUGAACUAGGAGAUUCAGAUCUAUUGGCAGACCUAGGCCUGCUCUCUGCAGAGUGCUCGAUGAAGGUUGCAGAACAUAUUUUACAAGUGUAUAUAAAGGAUGAAUGCCCGCUAACCUGGAAUCUAUUUUCUGAAUGUCUGCUUAGAUGCUCUGGCCCGGUCAUCACGUUUCAAGUUCUAUUGAAACUGUCUCCUCUACUUAAACCUGGUGAUAUAGAGCACAGUUUCUACUGUAAGCUGCUGGUUUCUUCCUUACAGUAUAACAGAGCUGGAAGUAUUGCAGAUAAUUGAUUUAUUGAAGGAUAUCCCAAUCUGACUUUUAUAGGACGAGUUGUAUGGGAUGAUCCGGUUACUUCAGUUGUUUUUGGGAGGAUUCGGUUUCUACCGGGUUUUUUAGGAGGAAUGAGGAUCCCAUUUUUCAAGGUGGUUUAUGGAUCCCAUUUUUCAAAGGGUUUAAAUAAGGGUCCGGGUUUUCAAGGUGGUUUAUGGGAGAAUCUUGUUUUUCUAGGUGGUUUAUGGGAGAAUCUGAUUUUCAAGGUGGUUUAUGGAAGAAUUGAUUUUCAAGGUGGUUAAUAGGAGAAUCUGAUCUUAAAGUUGGUAUAUGGGAGAAUCUGAUUUUCAAGGUGGUUUAUGGGAGAACCUAGUUUUCAAGGUGGUUAAUGGGAGAAUAUGAUUUUUCAAGGGGGUUUAUAGGAGAAUUUGGCUUUUCAAGGUGGUUAUAAAGAUAAUCCAGUUUUUCAAGAUGGUAUAUGGGAGAAUCUGGUUUUUCUAUGUGGUUUAUAGGAGAAUCUGGUUUUCAAGGUGGUUUAUGGGAGUAUCUGGUUUUUUUAAGGUGGUUUUAUGGGAGAAUCUGGUUUUUCAAGGUGGUUUUAUGGGAGAAUCUGGUUUUUCAAGGUGGUUUUAUGGGAGAAUCCUUUUUUUCAUGGAGGUUAUGUCAGGAUCUGGUUGUUUGAUGUCUUUUUCUCAAGGGAUGUAGUUCCUCAGUUAAUAAUCAAUCAGUGGAUCCUUAAAAUAUUUUAAGCUUUUUGUUUAUAGAGUUAUUUUUGAUUCCCAUUAAUCAAGAAUUAGUAUAAAGUAUAAAGCAAUAAAUUUUACUUCUGUA